UGCUGCCCAGGAGAGGAGACCUGGGCGCCCUGUUAGGGCAACGCCCUCCCCGCACCCCGCCUCACGGGCCGGGAUCAUGAAAGGCCUCGGAGACAGCCGCCCCCGCCACCUGUCCGACAGCCUGGACCCGCCGCACGAGCCCUUGUUUGCAGGGUCUGACCGCAACCCCUACCUGCUGUCGCCCACAGAGGCCUUCGCCCGGGAGGCCCGCUUCCCUGGGCAGAGCACCCUGCCGGGAGAUGGGCUCUUCCCGCUCAACAACCAGCUGCCGCCUCCCAGCAGCACCUUCCCCCGCAUCCACUACAGCUCCCACUUCGAGGUGCCAGAGGAGAGCCCUUUCCCCAGCCAUGCCCAGGCCACCAAGAUCAACCGGCUGCCAGCCAACCUCCUGGACCAGUUUGAGAAGCAGCUGCCCAUCCACCGAGAUGGCUUCAGCACCCUGCAGUUCCCCCGGGGUGAGGCCAAGCGUGGCGAGAGCCCUGGCCGCAUCCGCCACCUGGUCCAUUCCGUCCAGCGGCUCUUCUUCACCAAGGUGCCCUCGAUGGAGGGCACGGCGGGCAAGAUCGGGGCCAAUGGCAACAAGAAGGGCGGCCUGGAGGACGGCAAGGGCCGGAGGGCCAAAAGCAAGGAGCGGGCCAAGGCCGGGGAGCCCAAACGGCGCAGCCGCUCCAACAUCUCGGGCUGGUGGAGCUCUGACGACAACUUGGACGGGGAGAGCGGCGCGUUCCGCAGCGGCGGCCCGGUCUCUGGCCUGAUGACCCUCGGCCGCCAGCCCGAACGCACCCAGCCCCGCUACUUCAUGCACGCCUACAACACCAUCAGCGGGCACAUGCUCAAAACCACUAAGACCACCACCACCACCGAGCUGACCACUCCUCCGCCCCCACCUGCCCCUCCCGCCACCUGCCCCAGCCUUGGUAUGGGCUCCGACACCAACUACGUUAAGCGGGGCUCCUGGUCCACUCUGACCCUCAGCCAUGCCCAUGAGGUCUGCCAAAAGACCUCAGCCACCUUGGACAAGAGCCUACUAAAGUCCAAGUCCUGCCACCAAGGUCUGGCCUACCAUUACCUGCAGGUGCCCGGUGGCGGAGGCGAGUGGAGCACCACGCUGCUGUCCCCCCGGGACGGGGACUCCGCGGCCGAGGGCCCCAUCCCCUGUCGGCGCAUGCGCAGCGGCAGCUACAUCAAGGCUAUGGGCGACGAGGACAGCGACGAGUCUGGUGGUGGCAGCCCCAAGCCCUCGCCCAAGACCGCAGCAAGGCGCCAGAGCUACCUGAGGGCCACGCAGCAGUCCCUGGGAGAGCAGAGCAACCCCCGCAGGAGUCUGGACCGCCUGGAUUCAGUGGACAUGCUGCUACCUUCCAAGUGUCCGAGCUGGGAAGAGGACUACAACCCCAUCAGCGACAGCCUCAAUGACUCCAGCUGCAUCAGCCAGAUUUUUGGACAGGCCUCCCUGAUACCCCAGUUGUUUGGCCAUGAGCAGCAGGUACGGGAGGCAGAUCUGAGUGACCAGUACGAGGCUGCCUGUGAGUCAGCCUGCAGCGAAGCGGAGUCGACGGCAGCAGAGGUGCUGGACCUGCCCCUGCCCAGCUAUUUCCGCUCCCGCAGCCACAGCUACCUGCGUGCCAUCCAGGCAGGCUGCUCACAGGAGGAGGACAGCGUCUCCCUGCAGUCCCUCUCCCCACCGCCCAGCACCGGCAGCCUCAGCAACAGUCGCACGCUUCCCAGUUCAUCAUGCCUCGUGGCAUAUAAGAAGACCCCACCACCGGUCCCUCCACGAACCACUUCAAAGCCGUUCAUCUCAGUCACGGUCCAGAGCAGCACCGAGUCUGCCCAGGACACCUACCUAGACAGCCAAGACCACAAGAGUGAGGUGACGAGCCAAUCAGGCCUGAGCAACUCGUCAGACAGCCUGGACAGCAGUACCCGACCACCCAGUGUGACGCGGGGCGGGAUCACCCCAGCCCCUGAAGCCCCAGAGCCACUCCCAAAACAUGCAGCUCUGAAGAGUGAACAAGGGACGCUGACCAGCUCUGAGUCCCACUCCGAGACCAUCCCCAAAAGAAAACUGUCAUCAAUAGGAAUACAAGAGAGGACUAGAAGGAACGGUUCCCACCUCUCGGAGGACAACGGACCCAAAGCGAUCGAUGUGAUGGCCCCCUCCUCAGAAAGCAGCGCCCCUUCUCACAGUAUGUCCUCCCGACGGGACACUGACUCUGACACCCAGGAUGCCAAUGACUCAAGCUGUAAGUCAUCUGAAAGGAGCCUCCCGGACUGUACCCCACCACACCCCAACUCCAUCAGCAUCGAUGCUGGCCCCCGGCAGGCCCCCAAGAUUGCCCAGAUCAAGCGCAACCUCUCCUAUGGAGACAACAGCGACCCAGCCCUCGAGGCGUCCUCGCUGCCCCCGCCGGACCCCUGGCUUGAGACCUCUUCCAGCUCCCCGGCAGAGCCCGCACAGCCCGGGGCCUGCCGCCGAGAUGGCUACUGGUUCCUGAAGCUGCUUCAGGCUGAAACAGAGCGGCUCGAAGGCUGGUGCUGUCAGAUGGACAAAGAGACCAAAGAGAACAACCUCUCUGAAGAAGUCUUAGGAAAGGUCCUCAGUGCUGUGGGCAGUGCCCAGCUCCUGAUGUCCCAGAAAUUCCAGCAGUUCCGGGGCCUCUGUGAGCAGAACUUGAACCCUGACGCCAACCCACGUCCAACAGCCCAGGACCUGGCAGGGUUCUGGGACCUGCUUCAGCUGUCCAUCGAGGACAUCAGCAUGAAGUUCGAUGAACUCUACCACCUCAAGGCCAACAGCUGGCAGCUGGUGGAGCCCCCGGAGAAGAGGAAGGAAGAGAAGAAGCCACCCCCUCCAGUCCCAAAGAAGCCAGCCAAGUCCAAGCCGGCCAUGAGCCGCGACAAGGCCUCGGACGCGGGGGACAAGCAGCGGCAGGAGGCCCGCAAGAGACUCCUGGCGGCCAAGCGGGCGGCGUCUGUGCGGCAGAACUCGGCCACAGAGAGCGCGGACAGCAUCGAGAUCUACGUCCCCGAGGCCCAGACCAGGCUCUGAGACCCGGCAGGAGGAAGCAAAGCGACUUCAAAUCAUUAAACAACACACGCAAGAACGGAAUGCGAACGGCACGGAAUUUUCUCAACCUCUAGUGUGGUGGUUCUCUCUAGAGACCCUGAGCCAACUUUUCAAAUUGACGCAUACAAGGGCUCACCAUUUGGCUUUCUUGGGUCCCUCCGAGCUAUAGGUUCUGGAGACUUCUCACACACAGAAAAACGUCCACCGAAACCACAAAA